UGAACAUGAACGCAGCUUUGUGUGAGGGAGCUGAAAGAGUAAGAGUUGGAGUUGUACUUACAACAGUCAAAGAGGGCAAAGAGUGUGUAUACAUUGGUGAAGAAGGGCGUGGUGUGGACUACAAAUCACAAAAGGAUGAGGAAGCAAAGUCCUUCUCUUUUGACCAAGUUGCGACUGUUGACAACAUCCAGAGUUUCCACCCUGAGCUCCUGCAGCCCCUCACUGAGUCCAUAUCCAGAGGUUAUAAUGGAGCGCUGCUGAUAUGUGGAGCCUCCACAGAGAAGAUUAGUUUUCUGAUUGAUCAAAGUAUCAUAAAACAGGUCUUGGAAAAUCUGUUUAGUCAUAUGUUGUCACAGAUGAAAGAGGAAUUGUUCAUCUCUGUGUCAUUCAUUCAGUUUUAUCCAGAUGGCAGUGCUGUGGAUCUCCUGAACCCUGGUAGACAGACACUAAAACUUGUGACACACCCCGCUCUUGGGAGUCUUGUAGGAGGUUUAUAUGAGGUGUGUGUGUGUUCAGCAGAAGAAGCCUUUACUCUGUAUGAAACAUGCAAGGAAACACUGAAAGCCAAUGCAGGCUCCAUUUCCAGCAGAUGCAGUUCCCUGUUCUCAGUGGCUGUUGAGUGGAAACUUCUUCCAGAGGAAGUGGAGCCACAGGUGUGCUGCAGCAGACUGCAGCUGUUCAGCCUGGCAGGAGGUGCCAGCCAGACUGACCUCAGAGGAGUCAACCCACUGAUGAAGGUUGUGGACCGAAUCCAAUGUGAAGCCACAACAAGCGACAAACUGCUCCACAUCCUCCUAAACGAUGCCUUAACAGGAAACAGUAGGACGGUCCUUAUUUACUGCAUCCAGCCUCAAGGUCUUCUAGAUGAUGAGACCCCCUCUGCUUUAGCUUUGGCCCAGAAAGCGAGAAGUUUGGUGACUAAGGCCACCGCCGCCCGCUGGUGUCCAAGGGCAACUGAGCAAGAGAUCAGAGAUAACAUCACUGCGAUAAGAACCAGGAUAAUGUCUCAGGGGGAAGAUGAAGUUCACAACACUUACAGGCUAGCAGAGCUGACCCAAAACCUCCAGAUUGUGAAAAAUCAGUCAUGGGAGAAGAGGAGGGAAGAGUCAAAGAAGAUAAAAGGGAAAACACAGAGUUGUCGGGCCCCAAACAGCAGCGAUAAUAGUGAGGGUACAGACACAAUCAAAUAUUUACAAGACCAGCUGAAACAAGAAAUGGAAGAACAUAUCAGAGAGGGUAAAGGGAAUGUAGAGAAAGUCCAGGAAAGAGUAGCAAGAAUCCAGGAGCUGAGGGAGGCUCUCAGAGAGGAGACACUGAAGAACGGGGCUGCGACAGAGAAAUCUGACCUCUGCCAACAAUCUCAGUUGGAAUACAACAAAGCACAAGAACGGAGGAGGCAAUUUAAGGAGGACCAUGGGAGAUUAAUUCAGGAGGAGGUGGAGAAGAUGGAGAGAGAGUUGGCACAGGAACAGCUACCGACGGAAGGCCCCCAGAGAGAGCUGCUGGUGCUGACCAGAGAGAGGCACAUCCUGGUGCUGCAGAUGGAGGCCCUGCGCGCUGAGGCCCAGCAGGCUGAGACAGACCUGCAGAAUCAAUACCACAGGCACCAAACAGAGCUGCAUUGUCUGAGAGAAGAGAGCCUGCAGGUAUUCAGAGUGUUUCAUCAGGUAAGCGAGGAGCAAAGGAAGAUGUCAGAGGGCAGAUACAGAAGUGUGCUGCUGGAGGCUGUGCAGGAUGCCGUCUACCUGUCUGCCCAGAACCAGCAGCUGCAGGCUGACAACAAACAACUCCGUAAAGCACUGGGAGAGUUAAAGGAUACUCUAGCUGUGCGAGGUGAUCCUAAGCCUGAGCCGCUAUCUCAACAACAAUGACUAAACAAUGUUUAUGAAUCUGUUUGCUUAAAGUAAAUCAUGAGAAAUAAAACUGUUCUUGAC